UCAUGUCUCAGGAAGGAGAUGGAGGAGGAGGGCAAGGUGGAUUCCCAUGGGAAAAUCCACAAUGGGCCUUUUCAAAUUCGGAUAACUCCGGCAGCGGAAGAAAUGAUCCAAAAACUGGUACCCGGCCUGUCGAGUCGACCACAAAUAGCCCGACGAACCAGAAAGAUCCGGGCGAGCGGAAGCGCAACCGUCCGGGGCCGUCGAAGAGCUCCUCCUCCAAAGGAGUUGGCGGUGUAGGGGAUUCGGACCAUGAAUUACAUAUAUGGACCGAGAGGGAAAGGAGGAAGAAGAUGAGGAACAUGUUUUCUAACCUCCAUGCCCUCCUUCCUCAGUUGCCUCCUAAGGCCGACAAAUCCACCAUUGUAGACGAAGCCGUGAACUACAUCAAGACCCUGCAACAGUCCCUCCAAAAGCUCCGGAAGAAGAAGCUGGACCGGCUCCGCGGAGUAGUUCUGUCGGACCCGUCCUCGUCCUCCAUCGUCGGAUUCAACACCGCCAACAUCGCUGACCCGACGAGGGAGGGGUUCAUGGCCGAGCAGGGAAAGAAGUGGGCGGCGAUGAGCUCUCCCACCGCGCUUUCGAUCCCGCAUUUCCCCUUCUGCUUCCAAACUUGGUCGACGCCCAACGUAGUGUUGAGCGUGGCAGGAGAUGAUGCACACAUAAGCAUCUGCUGCCCCAAGAAGCCGGGGCUUUUCACCGCCGCACUGCAUGUUAUGGAGAAGCAUAAACUCGAGGUGGUGUCGGCGCAGGUCUCCUCGGAUUACUUCAGGAGCAUGUACAUGAUCCAUGCCCGUGCAACCCGAGUUUCUGAUCAGUUCCCAGAGACGCUAAUGAUCGAAGAGAUAUAUAAACUAGCGGUAGGCGAGAUGAUCCUUUGGAUUUCUACAUGAUCCAUGAGAAUUA